AUGAGCAGCACCCGAGAGGGCGUGCUGAUGGUCACUGGCCUCGAGGUGCUGGCGGUCGGGUACUGGGCCACCUCGCUCGACGACUGGCCCGCGAGCCCCGCGAUGCGAGGCCUGACGAUCCUCCUCCUCUGCGCAAACGCGUCCCUCAGCUUUGCCGCCGUCCGCUUCCGCAGCGAGCGCGCCGCGCUCGCAGCACUCGCCGCAUACGCUGCGCUCCUGGCGUGCCUCGUGGCGGAUUUUGGCGUCUCGCACCCGAACUCGGGCUGCGGCGCGGGGUCGGGCGGGGACGACACGGAGCUCGGCAAGCUGCUCGCCCAGCUGCUCUGGACGGUCGACGCCUGCCUGCUCAUGUCGAUCCUCGGAUGGGUGACGAUUGGGAUCGGCUUCGCGUCGGCGGGCUGGGUCGGGCUCCUGCUGCUCGGCUUCUGGCGGCUGCUCCGUCAGGCGGGCGAGAACGACCGGGAGGUGGAGCGCGCAAUCGCCUCCCUGGCGACCGGGCUCUUUCCCUCGUUGCGCGCUUGA